UGUGCUACCUGAACAGGUUUUUGAGGAACACGUACAGACUAAAAUAUGGCAGCGUCAAAUGUAGGCAGCAGUGCGUUGCAGCUGCUUUGCAAGCACUAUAUUUUCCGAACAAAAUGCAGAAGAGGGAUUAUAGCUUUGCAUAAAAGCUUUCCAUACACAAGAAAUACUUACAGCAGUGUAUCUGGAAAAAAUGUAAACUCUUUAAUGUCUGAAGUCAGUUCUCCCUAUGGUCUGAGAUCCUACAAAGAACUUUAUGAACUUUCAAUACAAGACCCAGGCACAUUCUGGGGCGCUCUUGCAAAGGAAAAGUUGUUAUGGAGCAAACCAUUCGAUCAGGUAAUAGACUGUGACAUCAGACAAGGGAAGAUAAACUGGUUUUGUGGAGGGCAGCUAAAUGUGUCGGUGAACUGCUUAGACCAGCAUGUCCAUAAGACACCUGACAGAGUUGCAUUGAUCUGGGAGAAAGACGAGCCUGGCACUGAGGUCAAGAUAACAUACAGGGAGCUUUUAGAAACGACGUGCCAGCUUGCUAACACUUUGAGAAGACAUGGCGUGCAGAAAGGGGAACGGGUUGCCAUCUACAUGCCCGUCUCCCCCCUGGCUGUGGCUGCCAUGCUGGCCUGUGCCAGGAUCGGUGCGGUGCACACAGUGGUCUUCGCUGGUUUCAGUGCUGAAGCUCUUGCUGGGAGAAUUCAGGAUGCCCAGUGCAGGGCUGUUAUCACUAGUAACCAAGGAUUGAGAGGCGGGAGGGUGACAGAACUGAAGAAGACCGUUGACGAAGCUGUGAAGACUUGCCCCACAGUGAAACAUGUGUUUGUGGCCAACAGAACAGAAAACAAAGUGCCCAUGAGUGAAAUCGAUAUCCAGCUUGAGGAGGAAAUGGCGAAGGAGUCGCUCGUGUGUGACCCUGAGGUCCUGGGAAGCGAGGACAUGCUCUUCAUGUUGUACACUUCGGGAAGCACUGGGAAACCCAAAGGAAUCGUCCACACCCAGGCAGGGUACCUGCUGUAUGCUGCACUCACACACCAGUAUGUCUUUGACUACCAGCCAGGUGAUGUCUUUGGCUGUGUGGCAGACAUCGGGUGGGUCACAGGCCACAGUUACGUGGUGUACGGCCCUCUUUGCAAUGGUGCCACCACUGUCCUCUUCGAGAGCACUCCUGUUUAUCCAGACCCUGGUCGAUACUGGGAGAUGGUGCAGCGCUUGAGGAUUAAUCAGUUUUAUGGUGCCCCCACUGCUAUCCGGCUCCUGCUGAAGUAUGGGGAGAGCUGGGUGAAGAAGUAUGACCGGUCCUCCCUGAAAACACUGGGGUCUGUUGGUGAACCAAUCAAUAACGAAGCUUGGGAGUGGUACUACAGUGUAGUUGGAGAUGGCCGGUGCACACUGGUGGAUACAUGGUGGCAAACGGAGACUGGAGGAAUCUGCAUCAGCCCGAGACCAUCCGAGCAAGGAGCAGAGAUCGUCCCUGCCAUGGCAAUGAGGCCCUUCUUCGGUAUCCAGCCUGUUUUGAUGGAUGAAAAGGGCAACCGAGUGGAAGGAAAUAAUGUCUCUGGAGCUCUGUGCAUUGGUCAACCGUGGCCUGGCAUGGCAAGAACUAUUCAUGGAGAUCAACAGAGAUUCAUGGACGCAUACUUUAAAGCAUAUCCAGGGCACUACUUUACUGGUGAUGGUGCCCACAGAUCUAAGGAAGGGUAUUACCAGAUUACAGGCCGUAUGGAUGAUGUCAUCAAUAUCAGUGGGCAUCGACUGGGUACAGCAGAGAUUGAGGAUGCCAUGGAUGAGCAUCCUGAUGUUCCAGAAACAGCAGUGAUUGGCUUUCAUCAUGAUAUUAAAGGGGAAGCUGCAUUUGCUUUUGUGGUAUUGAAAGAUAACAUUUCCCUUACUGAGUCGGCAGUUGUUAAUGAACUUAAGGUCAUUGUGGCUUCCAAAAUAGCCAAAUACGCUGUGCCUGAUCACAUUUUGAUAGUGAAACGACUUCCUAAAACACGAUCUGGAAAAAUCAUGAGAAGGGUACUAAGGAAGAUCGCAACCAACCAAACCAGUGAGCUGGGAGACAUAACAACCUUGGAUGAUCCCAGUGUAAUCACAGAGAUAGUGGAGGCAUAUAACAAGUACAACGCCCAGUCAUCUAAAGUGUCUUCGUAACAAAACAUUAGCUCUGUAUUAAAACCCUUUUCAUACUGAUAACAGUAAAGUUGGAGCCUGAUUUGAGUAAUGGCAUAUUUUUGGUGGACACGUGGUUCUGAAACCAGUACUGUCCUGUACUUGCUUUUCCAAGUAUUGGCCAGCAGCGCUGACCAAAUGUAGCAACUUAUUUAAACUGACCACCUUUUUGGGCAAAUACAUUUAAACAAGGCCAGGUGUAUUAUUUCACACAAUCCAUCAUUUAUUACAUUCAUUUUUUAAGUUUCCAAAGAGGGCAUUUAUCACAUACUAGCCAGUCAGUACUUGAAAGAAAACGACGCCAAAGGACAGUGCAGGUACAAAUGAACCCACCUUGGUCACAAUUGUGCAUGUUAUUCUAUGGACAGUAACUAAUUAAUUUUGUCCUUGGCACACUAACAUAGAAGUCUGUGUUGCAACAUCUGCAAUAUCUCAUGUUUAUAUUUAGACAACACAGUAGCUUGCUUUAUAGAACAGAUAAUUAUGAUAUCCUUACAAACACUUAAAAAAUGUCAAGGCUUACAUGUGUUGUUAUUCAUGUCAUUUUUUAAUGAUGCUUGUGCUUUCUGGUUUCCACCAAGAAUUUGGAAGCUGUGCUAGGUAAAGGAUAUUGGCUUUGUUGGCAGUGAUUAUUCUUUGUCAUAAUUAAGUAAA